AUGGCAACAAAAACUAAACUGCUAACUGCUGUGUUUCAAGAGCAGCCAGAGAACAACAAAGCCAUAAGACUGAAACACUCUAUUCCUCAUAAUAAGAAUGUGAUUGUUUUAUUUGAUGCAAACGCUACCUGCUUCCCCUUCAUCUGUGUUUCUGUUUGCUUUCCUCUGUCAACCCCUCUCUGUUGCUGGUCCAUCCUUUUCCUCCAGGUUCUGGACAGUGAGCUCCCAGUGAUGGAACCAUACUUUGUCCAGAACCCAGACCUCUCUGACUCUGGUCCAGGUCUGAGAGUCACCUGGCUGGGUCACGCCACAGUUCUGGUUGAAAUGGAUGGACUGAAUAUUCUGACAGAUCCAAUCUUCAGCCAGAGGGCCUCACCUUUCCAGUUCAUGGGGCCCAAAAGGUACCGAGGGCCUCCCUGCACCGUGGAACAGCUGCCAAGGAUCGAUGCUGUUGUCAUCAGUCAUUCUCAUUUUGACCAUCUGGAUGCUGGAUCUGUUGCCAGCCUUAAUGCACGCUUCGGAGGGGAGCUACGCUGGUUCGUGCCCCUUGGCUUGAUGGACUGGUUGGUGAAAAUGGGCUGUGAGAAUGUGAUGGAGUUGGACUGGUGGGAGGAGAACUGUGUCCCAGGUCAUGAUGAAGUGACAUUUGUCUGUACACCAUCUCAGCAUUGGAGCAAACGCACAGCUCUGGAUGACAACAAGUCUUUAUGGGGCAGCUGGUCUAUUUUGGGUCCAGACCAUCGAUUCUUCUUUGCUGGUGAUACUGGCUACUGCGCUUCCUUCCAGGAGAUAGGAAGGCGCUUCGGACCAUUUGACCUUGCAGCAAUCCCCAUCGGAGCGUAUCUGCCCAGGGACGUUAUGCAGGGGCAGCAUGUGGAUCCAGAGGAGGCUGUUCUAAUUCACCAGGACCUUCAAGCCAAACAGUCUGUGGCCAUUCACUGGGGGACCUUUGCUCUCGCCUAUGAGUACUAUAUGGAGCCGCCGGUUCGUCUUAGAGAGGCCCUGGAGCAGAAAGGACUGAAACCAGACUCCUUCUUCACUUUGCAUCAUGGGGAGUCUCGCCUUAUAGCUUCACGGGAAGGAGAUGUCUUUGAAUGAUCCUCCACUCUGCAGUGUGCUGUGGGCUGAACUUACUGUAGAUUUGUGUCUGUAACAAAGUGAACAUUUUAUCAUAUAUAGAUGGACUCCAGUGAUUAAAGUAUGAAGUGCAUUUGUAUGCAGCUUAUUCCAACUUAAAAUUAAAAUGUUUGAUACUGUUUACAUACUG